AGCUCUCAAAGAUACAAGAGAUAACACACGGCAGCGGCGCAAAGGGGGAGAGAAGAAGAGAACCUAAACACCUCCCUCUCCUCCUCCACGACUACCUUCCCCAACCCCAUCGUCCCGAGCCAAACCUGACGAAGGCACCUGAAGCCAUGGGCGACACCGCCGCGGCUGCGCCGACGAGGAAGUUCGGCAGGAUCUGCGUCUUCUGCGGCAGCAACUCCGGCAACCGCGCGGUGUUCGGCGACGCCGCACUCGAGCUCGGCCAGGGCCUGGUGACGAGGGGGAUCGAUCUGGUCUACGGCGGCGGCAGCGUCGGGCUGAUGGGCCUGAUCGCGCAGACUGUUCUGGAUGGCGGCUGCAGUGUCCUCGGGGUGAUUCCAAGAGCACUCAUGCCCCUCGAGAUAUCUGGUGCAAGUGUUGGAAAAGUAAAGAUUGUCUCCGACAUGCAUGAGAGAAAAGCUGAGAUGGCACGACAGUCCGAUGCAUUCAUUGCUCUUCCUGGGGGCUAUGGAACAAUGGAAGAGUUAUUAGAGAUGAUAACAUGGUCGCAGCUUGGAAUACACGACAAACCAGUUGGCCUGCUAAAUGUCGACGGUUACUAUGAUCCGUUGCUUGCGCUAUUUGAUAAGGGUGCGGCGGAAGGUUUUAUUAAGGCCGAUUGCAGGCAGAUAAUUGUGUCGGCGCCAACUGCCCAUGAAUUGCUGACGAAGAUGGAGCAAUACACCCGUUCACACCUGGAGGUGGCCUCGCGCACAAGCUGGGAGAUGACCGAGCUAGGCUAUGGAAAAGCAGCAGCGGAGGAGGAGAAAUAGCAUGACUUGCUAAUGUGAGGGAUUGCAAUAAUCCUUCUCUUGCGUAUUCUCCAUUGUUGGUUGCCUUUCAUGUAAUCCUAUACGUUCGAUUGCAACUUAAUCUGGUGAAGAAGUC